AUGAGUUGCUGUGGACUUUCUUCUGAUGAUGAGCCUCUCAAGCGAAAGAUCGUUAUUGUAGGCGAUGGUGCUUGUGGCAAAACAUGUCUCUUGAGUGUGUUCUGCAAAGGCUUCUUCCCUACUGGCGACUAUAUUCCAACUAUUUUCGAUAAUUCAGUCAAAGAUGUCGUUGUUGAUUCAAAACCAGUAGUAGCAGAACUAUGGGAUACAGCAGGACAAGAAGAUUUCGACAGAUUGAGAACAUUAUCAUACCCUGAUUCAGACGUUGUUUUGAUUGCAUUUUCAGUGGAUAUUCCUGAAUCAUUGGAGAAUAUAUCAGAAAAGUGGAUGCCAGAGGUCAAGCGAUAUUGCCCUGGUCUGCCAGUGUUAUUAGUUGGCUGCAAAACAGAUUUAAGACAGGAUCAAAGAACGAUACAAGAGUUGGAGAAACAAUCCUUGAAACCCAUCACGACACACCAGGGUGUUGAGGCGGCUAGACGAGUGGGAGCCUACAAGUAUGUUGAAUGUUCCGCGAAAUUGGAACAAGGGGUAGGCGAGGUAUUCAACUCGGCUAUUCGAAGCACAAUGAAGAAAUCUUCAAGUUGUGCUAUCAUGUAA